UGAGCCUUUUAAAAUUCCGACUCACGAGGCCCAUGCAAAAGGAAGUUUUCGUGCCCUAGACUUCUCCCAAAGUCUUUCUAGGCGAAUAACCAGCAUCCGUCCGACACCGUCCACGGCGAUUCCGGCCACCGUGCGUUUGAAUUACAUUUUGUCUUCCGGUGGAGCAGUAGCGAGGUAUGGGUGACAAAGACGAAGAGUCGGGAAUGCCAAGGGAUGCAAAGAUUGUGAAGUCUUUGUUGAAGUCAAUGGGCGUGGAGGAGUACGAGCCUCGCGUCAUUCACAAGUUCCUUGAACUGUGGUAUCGAUACGUCGUCGAUGUAUUAACCGAUGCACAAGUCUAUUCAGAGCACGCCGGAAAAUCCUCAAUCGAUUGUGACGAUGUCAAGCUUGCGAUUCAAUCCAAGAUUAACUUCAGUUUCUCGCAACCACCACCUCGUGAGGUGCUGCUGGAGUUGGCUCAGAACCGCAACAAGAUACCAUUGCCAAAGACUAUAGCAGGACCCGGUAUCCCACUUCCGCCUGACCAGGACACAUUAAUCAGUCCAAACUACCAGUUUGGAAUUCGAAACAAAAGGCCUGCCGAACCUCUAGAAGAAACAGAGGAUGAAGAAACUACCAUUCCCAAUCCCACUCAGGAAGACAAGGUAGAGCUGCAGCAGAAUCCCCAUCAGAGAGUUUCAUUUCCCCUGCCCAAACGCCAAAAGGAUUAAUUUGAAUUCCCUUAUGUGACAUGUUUUAGUCUAACUUUUGUGUAAUUGUUGUACAACAGUAUUAUUAGCUACAAAAUCUCUAUAAACGAUACCAUGUUUGUUUUAUUGUGUAACAUUCACUAGGUUUUGACAUUAUAAUGAAAUGAAAAAGUUUCCAAACGGUUCAUUCUGCUUGGAAUAUGUACAUGUGAUUCGUUUCAAA